GCCGCCGGGAUGCGGAGCCGCCAGUACUCCAGUCGGGAUUCGUUGUCUUGUCAGGCAUUGCGCGGGGUCAGCGUGGGGUCGACAGGCCAGUAACGCGGCGGUCGCGACUCCUAGACCUGAGUGGGUGCAGGGCAGGAUGUACACGUUGCUGUCGGGGCUGUACAAGUACAUGUUCCAGAAGGAUGAGUACUGCAUACUGAUCCUGGGCCUGGACAAUGCUGGAAAGACGACCUUCCUGGAACAGUCAAAAACACGGUUUAACAAGAACUACAAGGGAAUGAGUCUGUCCAAAAUCACCACCACCGUGGGUCUUAACAUUGGCACUGUGGAUGUGGGAAAGGCUCGCCUCAUGUUCUGGGACUUAGGUGGGCAAGAAGAGCUGCAGUCUUUGUGGGACAAGUACUAUGCAGAAUGCCAUGGCGUCAUCUAUGUCAUUGAUUCCACUGAUGAGGAGAGACUGUCAGAAUCAAAAGAGGCAUUUGAGAAAGUGGUUUCAAGUGAAGCGCUGGAUGGUGUCCCCAUCCUGGUGUUGGCCAACAAGCAGGAUGUGGAGACCUGCCUCGCCAUUCCUGACAUCAAGACUGCAUUCAGUGACUGUACCUGCAAGAUUGGCCGGCGAGACUGCCUGACUCAGGCCUGCUCUGCUCUAACAGGCAAAGGAGUGCGAGAGGGCAUCGAAUGGAUGGUGAAGUGUGUUGUACGGAAUGUCCACCGGCCCCCACGGCAGAGGGACAUCACAUAAGCACCUCCAACUUCGCUGUCUUGGACGGUUCAUCCCCUAGUGCUGGAAGAAUGUGCUCCCUGCUGGCUUCUAUGCCACCAAUCCUGGGGGUUGAGCUGGCAUCAUCUUUGAUUUGAUUUAUGUUUUCUCUAAGACAAACUUUCCCGUCUGGAAAAGCACAGGCAUCUAGAGGCUUGUGCUGAGAGAUAGGGGGCAUGCAGGCCAUCCCAGCUCUACAUGCCCCCCCCCCCAUCUAGGCCCUGCCUGAUGCCCCCAGGGUCUGGAACCCUCCCAGCCUAGAGAAUAAGGAGGGUUGGGGUGAGACCACCCUCAGGCUUGCUUGCCUAGCCCAUUCCAAAGUGAAAUCUGAGGGUAGCCUGGUUGAACUGCUUUUGUCAGUUGCCUUGUCCAGCUUGCCUACUGAGGAGAUUGGGGUGGCCAAGGCUGAUCUUCCUGGAGGUAGUCUAAUGCCAGGCUUACUUGGAGGAAUAUCCAUAUCCCAGAGGCCAGCAUUGCCCCUGUUUUUCUGUGUGGGUAGGGAGGGGUGACAGGAUCUUUCUGUAUAGCCCAGGCUAACCUGGAACCCUCUGCUCCUGCCCUCUAUCUGCUAAAAUUACAGGCAUGGGACAUGA